CCUGGCACUGCCGCCAUUGUCCAGCGGGAGGGCUGGUCGGGUGGUCUCUACGACAGGCGUGCACUUUAGAUUAGGAAUCGCCUUGGACGUCUGUUGCUGACCUGUUCGCUCGGGAUGGACCCGCAGGAUCGAGCGGCAACAAUGGCGAUGGCCUCGCGGCCGCAAGCAACACAACUUAAGGAGCCAGUGACUUUCCGAGAUGUGGCUGUGGACUUCACCCAAGAGGAGUGGGGGCAGCUGGACCCUUACCAGAGGACCCUGUAUCGUGAUGUGAUGCUGGAGACCUUCAGGCAACUUCUCUCUGUGGGUCCUGAUCUUCCCAAACCUGCAGUUAUCUCCCAGCUAGAGCAAGGUGCUGAGCUCUGGGUAGCAGAGAGAGGAGGCACCCGGGCCUGCCAUCCAGGCUGGAUACUUGGACCUGAAGCCCACACAUCACUCAAGGAGCAGGGCCUUCAUGAGAGGGAACUAUCCCCCAUUAAAGAAAGAGAUGGGUUCAAAGUGGCUAUUUCUUGUUAUCCCGUGACAGAGAGAGAUCGGAAAAGUGAUUUCCAGUGGACCAAGAAGGACCAGAGUAACUUAGGGCAAUUGGAAGGCCCCAAGGAAAUAUCAAUUCAAAGUCAAAGCUGUGAAAGUCUUGGACUUGAGGAAACCUGUGUUCUUAGCUUAAACACAGAUCUAUCAUCAGAUAAUUCUAGAAAAGAACUUGGCUGUACUGAUGGCUCACAAGUUAAAAACUCAAAACAUAACCCAAGUUUAGUUAGUCAGCAUACAGACUCCCCAGCAACACAGCCCUUUGAUGACAGUGGCUGCCAGAAAACCUUUGAUCAGACUGUGCCCACUACAGAACUCACAAAAAGUCAGGUUCAAGAUAAACCCUAUAAAUGCACUGAUUGUGGAAAGUCAUUUAACCAUAAUGCACACCUCACAGUGCACAAGAGGAUUCAUACAGGAGAGAGACCUUAUAUGUGCAAAGAAUGUGGGAAAGCCUUCAGCCAGAACUCCUCCCUUGUUCAACAUGAGCGCAUCCACACUGGAGAUAAGCCAUAUAAGUGUGAAGAGUGUGGGAAAUCUUUUUGUCACAGUACACAUCUUACAGUCCAUAGGAGAAUUCACACUGGAGAGAAACCUUAUGAGUGUCAGGACUGUGGCAGGGCCUUCAAUCAGAAUUCAUCACUGGGGCGGCACAAAAGAACACACACUGGAGAGAAGCCGUACACCUGCAGUGUGUGUGGGAAAUCCUUCUCUCGGACCACUUGUCUCUUCCUGCACCUGCGAACUCACACCGAGGAGAGGCCAUAUGAGUGUAAUCACUGCGGAAAGGGCUUCAGGCACAGCUCCUCCCUGGCCCAGCAUCAGCGGAAGCAUGCUGGUGAGAAACCCUAUGAGUGCCGACAGAGGCUGAUCUUUGAGCAGACACCGGUUUUAACAAAGCACGAGUGGACAGAAACCCUCAGCUGUGACCCUCCUUUGAGUCAAGAAGAAAGAACUCAACGGAGCGACAGGCCCUUUAAAUGUAGUCAGUGUGGGAAAUGUUUCAUUCAGAGUUCUCACCUCAUCCGACAUCAGAUAACCCACAACAGAGAGGAAGAACCACGUGGACAUAGCCGAAAACGAGAGCAGCCCUGUGGGCGGGGCUCAAAGCUUAUUCGAAAUCCACACUCAAAUUCAAGAGAGAUCCCUGUGGCCCAGACAAAGGCAGAACAAGCAAGCAGGGCACUGGCCUUGUUUGACCUUCAUGAAAUUAUGCAGGAGAAAAACCCUGUGCGUGUUAUUGGGGUGGAAGAACCUUCACUGGGCAAUUCUAUGCUAUUUGACAUCAGAGAAUCUACAUAGGAAGGAAACUCUUCAGAUAACUGUUGAGUUACUAGGUACAACAUGAGUCCACACAGUGGCAAGAGAAGAUGGCAUAAUGUCAAUGGUGACCUAUGACCUCAUAAGGAAGUGGUGCUUCCCAGACACUUGAGGUUCGUGAUUCUGAAAUGCAUCAAACUGGGCUCCUGUUUAACAACAGACUUUUUCUUUGUUUUUCUGAGACAAGGUCUCAUAUGGCCCAGGCUGACCUUGAACUCACCAAGUCAUUCACCAAGAAUGACCUUGAAUUUCUGAUCCUUCUGCCUUCACCUCCCUAAUUCUAGGAUCAUGGUCAUGUGCCAUUAUAUCCGGCAACAGUAGACAUCUUAAGAUGUUUUCUCCAUUACCCUAAAACGAGUUUACCAGUAAUAAAACCUCUGCACAGGCAUAGUGUGGAAAUAACAUAUGACCCCUUUUUGUAAAACAUAGCUAAUUUAAUUUAUAAUACAAUGAUACGUACUGAGUCAGUGUGGUAUCUUGCCAUGUCCUUAUGUGGGCCCGUUUUCACCAGGUCGAUGACCUGUAACUUUCAGACUGCUGCGAGGCACACUGUUGUCUACAAAAAAUACCAUAAGGGACGUUGCUAUGCCCAAAGUGAUUUUGCAGAGUAGUGAUGAACGCCUAUGAAAGUUUUGGACAAACCAAAAUACUAUUGUAUAUGUGGGAAAUUCUGCCUAAGUCGAAAUAUACACAAAGUAAUAUGUGUUUCCAUGUGAAUUCAACUCAGAAUCUCAGUUCACUUUUCUCACACGUCACACAUGACUCAGUUCUGUACUUCACAGCAUGUGUCCUCACUUCAGUAAGUCGUCUGACAGAAGUGUCCACAGCAUUCUACAGCACUCUCUAAAGGAGUCACAGCUCCUCUGUAAACCAGUACCUUGAGAUAUUGCUGUUAGUCAGAGGUACGCAUCUGCAAUUUGUUCUCACAGGACAUUUAGUAAUGUCUGGAGUCAUUUUUGUCACUGCAACUUGAAGGAUGCUACUGGCUUUCAGGUGGAGGCCAAGGAUAUUGUUCAACAUAUUUAUGUGCCCAGGGCAGCUCCUCAAAGAAUUUUCUAACCCCAAAUAUUAAUAGUACUAAGGUGGAGAAGCCUUGAUAUAAACUUGACCCAGAGGGUUGGGGUAGCUCAGUAACAGAACACGUUCCUAACAUGUAGAAGGCCCUGAGUUUAUCCCCAGUACCAGAGACACAAACAAUAGCCCACCUUUUCUAAACUGUAAAUUGAACAAAGUUGUAUUAACAAUCAUGUGUUUGUUCUUAACAAAUAGAGCCAUGAGGGGCUGGAGAGAUGGCUAAGGUGUUCUUCCAGAGGUCCUGAGUUCAAUUCCCAGCUGCUACAUAGUGGCUCAUAACCAUCUAUAAUGAGAUCUGGUGCCCUCUUCUGGUCUGCAUGCACACAUGCAGACAGAACACUGUAUAAAUAAUAAAUGAUAAAUCCUUAAACAAAUAGAGCCAUGAAUUUAUAUAUACAAAGUAGUGCUUAGUAAAUCUUUCACCAUUUUGCCAUGUUUAUAUUUAGGGUGAAGAAUCCCCUUAUCUUUCUGUGUAAUCUUUUAACACUUACAAUGGAUAUUCUAAAAGAUGAAUGAUGUUUUCAUUGGCUCUCCCACCCAUCUCCUCACCCCAUCCCUCCCUGUAUUGUUUUCACAUCCAUCCCAGAGAACUUUUUGUUCAUCUCUCUGCAUAUAUUUCCAAAAGGACAAAGCCAUUCACAUAAUCACACUAAGCCAUCUCCUUUGGGUUUUUGCCGUGUUGUUUAGGUAGUGCUUCUGGGCCAGAAUUUGAAUGAAAGCAGUGUUCUGAGGUUAUUGACUAUACUCCUCUUAACUAGGGCAAAAAUAAUAUUAGGAAAAGUUAUUCUUUUACUUCUCAAGAAAAAACAUAUUACUUAUAUCUAGCAGAUACCAGCAAAUAUCCAGUA